AUGCUUGUAUAUAUCGUAUUUAUAUGGUAUGCCCAAGUUGUCUUUGGUUUUGGUGUGGGAUUUCAUUUAACCCAAGUUGGCAGGGUCUUCUCACAUUAUGAUUCUUUUACGAAGGCUGGUUCAUUAUUCCCCGAUUCUGUGUUACAAUACGGUAAACUAAAUAUCUGUUGGGAUAAAUUCCUAAGCGACGGAGUAGAGUUGUGGAAUAGAAAGUACGGGAGCCAUUCUGCUACAGUAGAUGACUAUGGAUUAAGACAAUUUUUAUUAGGGGUACAUUGUGCUAAAACGAUCAAUGAGUUGCAAAAUACCUCAUCGCAUGGAUUAUUAACACAGUUGUCUGAUUUAGAGUUUGAAGGUAAUAUGGAUAAUGCCCUAACAUAUUUGAGGGGAUCGUCGGAUUUGAUACACUUGUCCCGUGUGCUUAGCUCUGACAGUAUUGAGUUGGCUUUUUAUAUGUCUACUGAAGUAAAGCUACCGAUGAAAGAGGAUGUUCUAAAUCUCCUUUCAUUACAAGAUAUUUCAGUGGAUUGGGGAAAUAUUGUGGAUAAUAUGCUUGGCAUGAUUGGGGUAUUGCACUCAGAACUUUAUCUGUUACGGGAUAAAAGGUUCCAUGCACUAGAUAUCGCAUAUUCCUUAAGUCCUGGUGGCUCUAUUGCUGUUAGAGAGCACCAUAUAGGCGGUGAAUGGGCUAUUUUAGGUGAGUUACAAAAUUCCAUUCCUGCGUUCAAUUCCAGUUUCAUAGAUGGCACAGAUCAAUUAGCUAGACCUGAGGGGAGAGCUGGCUUGAACGUUAGCAGUCAAAGAUAUGAAGCACAAGAUUACAACUAUGUUUCAUCUUUAAAAGAAAAUUCACUAUUUGGUUCGACUAUUGUUUCUGGUAACUUCCUUGAUGGAGAUCCUUGUGUGGCUGUUGGUUCACCAAUUGAAGAUGGUAGAGGAUCAGUUUAUGUUAUACCAAUGAAACUUCUUCAACCACAGUCGACAUCAUAUACAAAUAAAACAAACUAUACUAUUUCACUCUAUGGAUCACGAGUUCACAAGUUCACGCUAUUGAAUGAUGAUUAUCUCAUCGUUUCUGAACCCGGAAGAAAAUCUUUCCAUAUAUACUACGGUAGUGAAAAGAUUUUGACGAUCUUAGAUCUCACAUCUAACUUUCCGGAAUUAAGCUAUAUUGCAGAUAUCGAUAAUGACCAAAUUCCUGAUUUGAUUAUUAGCUGUGGUACGUGUAGAGAUAAAGAGUUAGGAAAAGUCACAAUUAUUCCAGGUAUGAACUUGAUACCCUACUUGAUUUCAGGUAAAAAGAAUCAGGUAGAACUUAUCGAAUCGAUUGGUAACAUACCUUUAAGUGGACCCAUUUCUUUGAAGUAUCAACACUUUGGUUCAAACACUAUCGCUUCACGCAGUUUUCUAUUUGUAGCAGCUGAAAAUCUUGGGUUGGUAUAUGUUUAUAAGUUGGAACAGCUGAGUACGUUUAGUCCCCCAGUGUUUUACAUUAAAGAGCAGGAUAUUGUGACUCCAGAUGAAGGAAUUCCUUGGAAAUGGGAAGUUAUGCCUUCAAAAAAACAUGGAAAUUUUGGUUGUCAGAUGUAUACGUGGACUUAUAAUAAUGUUGAUUACAUCUCAAUAUCUCAACCUCUAUUCAAUAAGGUAUACAUAUACAAAGAUGCGGGAACUUCUGCUCUAGAAGUAUGGUUGGUUUUGGAGCUAGAUAGCUUGAUUGAUCUUAACACUAUACAAUACUCUAUUGAAUUUGGGAAAGGUAUCUACUUUUCUAAUACAGACGAAAAACUUUAUCUAUCAUCACCUGGGAGUUUCAAUGGCGCAGGCGUCAUAUGGAGUGUGAGUAUGUCUGAAAUGAAAAGAGUAGUGGAAUUUUGGAAAAGUCAUCAUCUAUUGGUAACUGCCCUGAAGCAUCUACACUUCAUCAACCCGCAAAAAAAUAGGAAAGGAUGGAGCAAUUUUGGUGCUACAUUAGCGGGCUCGGAAUCCAACGAACUUAUCAUUUCAGUUCCAGGAUAUGGGUAUGGAGAUUUGUAUGAAUCCCCUCUAAGUGGUUCGAUUUUAAUAAAGUAG